UGGGAUUAGGAAAUGAAAAAAAAGAAAAGAAAAGCAGAUGAACAGUUUCUGAAUGGUUGGUGAUUGAAAAAGAGACCGUUGGGAAAUGGGAACCGGGAAGAAAUGGUUGGUCUUAUCAGAUCAUAUUGGUAAAUUUUAAAGAAUGAUUAAAUACUGCUUCAGAGAGGGAGAUUUGGGGAGGAGUAUAAAUGUGAGCUGUUCUUGUGGAUUGGCCUUUCCAUGGAAGGAUAGGAUUUUGGGUUUUUCCAUCCCAUCGCGAGAGAGCAAGAGAGAGAAGAAAGAGAGUCAGUUCCAGUUUCGAAGGUUAUGGAGGAAAAUCUCAAUCCAUUAGCUGUUACUCAUCUCCUUCAAUACACCUUGAGGAGCCUGUGUAUCCAUGAAAACUCUCAAUGGGUCUAUGCUGUUUUCUGGAGGAUCUUGCCUAGAAACUACCCACCGCCCAAAUGGGAUAUUCAAGGAGGAGCCUUUGAUAGGUCAAGAGGAAACAGGAGGAACUGGAUAUUGGUAUGGGAAGAUGGCUUCUGCAACUUUGCUGCUUCAAUGGCCGAAAUCGAUUCCGGCGAUUGCCCAGGUUCAUCGGUGUAUGGAAAUUGCGAAUUCUCACACUUUAAAGGCCUGCAACCAGAGCUUUUCUUCAAGAUGUCCCAUGAAAUAUAUAAUUAUGGAGAAGGUUUGAUUGGAAAAGUGGCGGCAGAUCACAGUCAUAAAUGGGUAUUUAAGGAACCAAGUGAUCAAGAAAUCAACUUCUUGUCUGCAUGGAAUAACCCAGGAGAUUCACAUCCAAGGACAUGGGAAGCUCAGUUCCAGUCUGGUAUUAAGACCAUCGCUUUGAUUGCAGUUAGAGAAGGUGUAGUUCAAUUAGGAGCUCUUCACAAGGUGAUGGAAGACUUAAGCUAUGUCGUCUUACUGCGAAAAAAGUUCAGUUAUCUGGAGAGCAUUCCUGGUGUUCUCUUGCCACACCCAUCAUCUUCACCAUUCCCCUUCAAAGUUGACGGUGCACCCGAUGGUUUGUCUUUCCAUGCAACGCUGGCUUCCCCAGCAAUGACAACGACGACGACCACCGAAUUCUACAAUCAGUUCGGCCAGCCAGUAAAGAUUAUUCCAUCAAUGAGCAGCCUUGAAGCACUUCUCUCAAAGCUACCGUCCGUUGUGCCCACACCGUCCCCAUCCUCAUCUGGGUAUAACUCAGGACCGCAGCUUUUAUCAUCUCACAGGCCAUUGGGAAUGAUGGGCAUGGAGAAGGUGGCCAAGGAGGAGAUAGACGAUGAAUAUGGACACGAUAAGUACUUGGGUGAGAGUAGCAGUACCGUGUCGUAUCAACAUCACGCUUAUCAUUAUUAUCAGCACCAACAGCAGACCUAACAAACAUCUCUGAGCCAAUUCUUAAAUUAAUAAAUUAUGUAGCUCGUACAUUUCAGUCUAAUAUGCUUCUUUAGCUUUCCUUUGUAGUUCAACCCUCUCUUCUCAAUUACAUAAUGAAUUAUGCGAGACUCA